CUGAUCUCGAAAAAGUACAUAACCUCGCCAACCCGCAGACUGGAGGCAUUUAGAGUCUUGCCGUGGUCAUUACACUCAUUGUGAAAAUUCGAUAUGCGCCUCCUCACACUUCUCACUACCUGCCUCUCGGUAGCAGCCGCAGCCACACUAGGAAAGCGCGCGCCAACGCCUGGCCAGCUCUCCCAAGUCACGUCAUUCGGCAACGCAACAACAGCAGCUGGAUUCUACAUCUACGUUCCGAAGAACCUCGCGGCCUCUCCUGGAGUCAUCGUCGCUGUCCACUACUGCACCGGCUCGGCGCAGGCCUACUAUAAUGGUAGCCCUUACGCAGCGCUUGCAGAGCAAUACGGCUUCAUCGUCAUCUACCCUAGCUCGCCUCACUCCGGGACCUGCUGGGAUGUCAGCAGCAAGGCGACUUUGACACAUAACGGAGGUGGCGACAGCAAUACCAUUGCAAAUAUGGCUACGUGGACUGUAUCGCAGUAUAAUGCCGAUGCUUCGAAGGUGUUCGUGACUGGAUCGAGCAGUGGUGCUAUGAUGACAAACGUCCUUGCCGCUACCUACCCCGAUAUCUUCAAGGCAGCCAUUGUCUACUCUGGCGUACCCGCGGGUUGCUUCGUCUCUGCAUCUGGCGCUGUCGAUGCCUGGAACAGCACCUGCGCUCAAGGGAACUCCAUCGCCACUCCCGAGGCUUGGACGGAUGUUGUCAAGAACAUGUACCUCAACUACACCGGCGCUCGUCCCAAGAUGCAAAUCUAUCAUGGGAGUGCGGACACUAUACUUCUUCCUCAGAAUUAUCAGGAGACCAUGAAACAGUGGUCCGGUGUCUUCGGCUACAAUUACAGCCAGCCUCAGAGCACGACUCUUAACAAUCCUCAGAGUGGCUACACCAAGACUGUUUAUGGCGAAUCUGUGCAAGGUAUAUAUGCUGAGAACGUCGGACACACUGUGCCGAUCCGGGGUACAGACGACAUGGAGUUUUUUGGGUUCGCCUCGUAAGCCUGUGAAAAAGAUCAAGCUCGGGUAACCAUUUGCUACAUGCCAUCUGCGAUGUCGAUUUGUGACUGACCAAUGAAAUAAUUCUGCAUCGACAAAGGUGUCGUGUCUCAAUUCUUUUCUGGAAGGGCGAUCAAUCGCAGUUGGACUGAAAGUAAUCGCAGCUUUGUACUUAUCACGACAACACCAUCGCCAACGAUCAUUGGGCAUCGCGUCUACAUUCAUCUUCGGAAGGUUCUGGACGCGCCGUGCUUUGAACUUUUGAAACGAAAGAUCAGAGUGGCUCUCCUGGCGACAGAGCGGGAAACACCGACCUCCCAAGAUUAUCAUUUAUCAACUAUGGGAGUCUGUCAAUGCCUUUUAGUCGUAUCUUUGCAGAAAGCCGGAAUAUAUGAUCUCUUGGAUUUCUUCC